UCCUAUGCUUGCAGAGUCUUUGGGAGAUUUACCGCCUAUCUUUUGUCAAGUUGGAGAACUUGAAAGGCUUCGUGAUGAAGGAAUAUUAUUAAGUUAUAAAGCUGCAUAUCUUCAUGAAUAUCAAUUACCUUCAUAUGCAACUAAGAAUUUUGAAAAUUCACCUUUUAAGAAUCCUACUAAAGUUAUACUUGAAGUUUAUGAUGAUAUGCCUCAUUGCUGGCAGGCGUUCUUUUCUUCUAAACCUUCUCAAAUAGCGAUAGAACGCUGUGGUGAGUUUAUAGACCGUGUUACUUCUAUAGAAGAUAAUAAUACUUCCAUUGUUGAUCUUCUUAAAGAAGAUGUAUCUCCUUCUAUUUCUAUUUCCCCCUCGCUUAUUGCAAUGAGAGUCAGUACAAAUGGUGAGAUCAGAGAAUUGAAUAAAACCGACCGGGAUUGUCUAAAAUGGGAUAAAAUUGGCAUAGUGCCUAAAUUUUAA